AUGUCGUACUACGGAAACGGAGGAUACGGUGCACCAUACGGAGCCGGACACAACGGAUACAUUCCACCACCAGUCCACGGAGCUCCGGGAUACAUGGCCCCACUAACUAUGCACGUUCACACUGACGGAGGUCAUCACGGACAUCACGAUCAACAUCAUCAUCACCACGACGUUCACCAUCACGGAGGACAUCACGGAGGUCACCACGGAGGACACUUCGAGCAACAUCAUGAUCACCAUCACGGACAUCAUCAUGGAGGACAUCACUGA